AUGGCUAUGAAAUCCAUCAUAAGAUGUGAUAUGAGGGGAUUUUCGGCCAUGUGGCUUGCGAGGGACAAGGAGUUAGUUUAUCAACCGGGCCAUUUUCGCCCAGCUACAGACACCAGCCGAAGUCAGUGGGUCUCGUUGAAGAUCAUCACCGCAAAUUGGUCUCAAUCGCGCGAGCUGCAAAACCCGAGACUUCUCGAAAGGCAUUCUGGCUGCUUGACGACUUUACCCACGAUGGCCCUAACGGAGUCCACUAAUCUUGUGUAUCCAAAUUACUUGGACCUACAGUUGAUAAGGUCCUCACUGAUUAUUCUAAGCAAGGGUGAGCUAGAGACGGAAGAAAUGCUUUGA